ACAGACUGUGCUCUUCUGUGUCUGAAAUCAGUUUUUCUCCUUUAGGGCUUUGGAUUGUUUUGAGAACCUGACUUCUACUUUCAUUGUAAUAACAGGUGAAGAAAACACAGCCAGAUUCAGAUGUUACAGAGCCUCAGAACACCAGGUCUAUGGAAAUGCAGGACCUAGCAAGUCCGCACAAUCGAGUGAGCAGUAGUGAUACUUCUGCUGGCUCAAAACUGGACAAGGCCAACCUGAGUAACACUUCAAUUAUAUCAAAUGGAACAGCGGUAAUAACAAGUAGUGGCUACAGUCCAAGAGGAAUACACCAAUACUCACCACAGCUCUAUCCUUCCAAGCCAUACCCACACAUUCUUUCCACACCAGCAGUACAGUCAAUGACAGCUUAUGCUGGACAAACCCAGUAUUCAGGAAUGCAGCAGCCAGCAGUCUAUGCUGCGUAUUCUCAAACAGGCCAGCACUAUGGAUUGCCCGCUUAUGGAAUUAAGACAGAAGGAGGACUUCCGCAAGCACAGUCUGCAUUGCAAACAGGAUGCCUUAGCUACAGUCCAGGAUUUGCUGCACCCCAACCAGGCCAGACAGCAUAUUCCUAUCAGAUGCAAGGAUCUAGUUUCACGCCAUCUCCUGGUAUUUAUGCAAGCAGCAACUCUGUUUCCAAUUCAACAAGCUUCAACAGUUCCCAUCAGGAUUACCCUUCCUAUACAGCGUUCGGCCAAAACCAGUAUGCACAGUAUUAUCCCACUUCAACAUAUGGCACAUAUAUGACCUCAAAUGAUACUGUUGAUGGUACCUCUUCAGCGUCAACAACUUAUCAGCUACAAGAUCCUUCCACUAUCACUGGUCAACCAGCCACAGAUCUUCCUGGAGGGGAGUUUGAUACAGUGCAGAGCCCAUCAACACCAGUCAAAGACCUGGAUGAGCGAACGUGUAGGAGUUCAGGGUCAAAGUCACGGGGAAGGGGAAGGAAGAAUAAUCCAUCACCACCUCCUGACAACGACUUGGAGCGAGUAUUUGUCUGGGAUCUCGAUGAGACAAUCAUCAUUUUUCAUUCUCUGCUCACAGGAUCGUAUGCGCAAAAGUAUGGUAAGGAUCCACCUAUAGCAGUUACACUUGGACUUCGAAUGGAAGAAAUGAUUUUUAAUCUGGCUGACACACAUUUAUUUUUCAAUGAUCUAGAGGAAUGCGAUCAAGUACAUAUAGAUGAUGUCUCCUCUGAUGACAAUGGACAGGAUUUAAGUACCUACAGCUUUGCAACAGAUGGUUUUCAUGCAGCUGCCACCAGCGCAAACCUCUGCUUAGCAACUGGUGUGCGAGGAGGUGUUGAUUGGAUGAGAAAAUUAGCCUUCCGUUAUAGACGUGUAAAAGAAUUAUAUAACACUUACAAAAACAAUAUAGGAGGACUACUUGGUCCAGCAAAAAGAGAUGCUUGGCUUCAGCUAAGGGCUGAGGUUGAGGCUCUGACAGACUCCUGGCUGUCAAAUGCACUUAAGUCAUUGUCAAUCAUCAGCUCCAGAAGUAACUGUGUUAAUGUUUUGGUAACUACGACGCAACUUGUGCCAGCACUUGCCAAAGUCCUAUUAUAUAGCUUAGGUGGUGUUUUCCCUAUUGAAAAUAUAUACAGUGCAACCAAAAUAGGCAAAGAAAGUUGCUUUGAACGAAUUAUGCAAAGGUUUGGCAGAAAAGUAGUAUAUGUUGUUAUUGGGGAUGGUGUAGAAGAAGAACAGGCAGCAAAAAAGCACAAUAUGCCAUUCUGGAGGAUAUCGAGCCACUCUGAUCUGUUGGCUUUGAAUCAAGCACUGGAACUGGAAUACUUGUAGUUGCCUUGAGCAGUACAGCCAGAGAUACAAUGUUAACAACCUACAUAGGAGUAUAUGAAGUUUCCCUCUGUGAUCUGCAACACCUCUGGCUUCCACGUUUGUCUUAAGAAAUGAAGAGAUAUGAUUUGUCAUGUGAGGCUAUUGUGAAUUCAAACUGCUGAACAGUGACUGGUACAUUAAAACUCUGCAUAAGGAACUAUGUUGGUCUUAGGAAAUAUUGUUCAUUAUAGAUAAAGUGCAAGUUGUGUGUAUUUUACAACUCUUCAAGUGAUUAUACAAUGCCCAGGAUGCUUGAACAGCUUUUACAAUGAACUAGUUCUUUUAAGAAACAAGAAGCUGCUACCAAUGCAUCCGGCAUGAAGUUGUUCAACGGCAUUCCUUUGCCAUUGGAUGUUCUCAAUAAUGCAGUGUUUUAGCAAACUUUAGUCUGCUUAUCCAAGCUGAACCUGCAUUUAAGGUGCACUGGGCUACAUUGACAAUCACAUCUAGACCUGCAGUUUGUGUAACUUAGUUACUGUGAGAGCUUACUCUAAGUUAGCAGCUGUAUUCAAAAAUGUAAUGCUUUUGUGGGGAUAGUCACUUUUUGUAAAGCUUGACAAGGAGAAUAUACAUAAACGAUGUGCUGUGCCUUAAAAUAAGACAGUGUUGGUGUGUUACAAUGUAACUUCUGUUCCACAAAUGUAUAGAUAAACUCUUUGUGAUGAUUAAUUUUUUGAAAUGACCAAAUUAUUAAAAGAAUCAGAAAUAAAAGAAUUCUGCGUUGUGUAAGCAGAGAAGAAUUGUUCCGGACUGUUGGUCUAAACAGGAAAUUAAAAAUUGGAGAGUUUUUGUCUUUUUACUUGGACUUUUAGUGUUUUAUUGUAAAUUACAAUUCUUAAUGAUAUCCAGGAGAAACAUUUUAAUUUAAACUGUGAGGUAAUCUAUUUUAGUCAUUAAGAAACAGCUUGACACUUUUUGAUAUUAUGCUUGUCUUUACCAUUUCUGGGAAGUUUCUAAAAGAACUUUUGGUUUGGGCACUUAUUUGAUUUCAUGCUAGUUCAUAUUUUCUUUAAAUCUGAAAACUAUAAUACCAGGAAUUCACUCACUUUAUAUAAGCUCUAUCCCAAUCCACGUCCUGUCUCCCCAUUUGAUGUAUCUAUGAAAAAGCGGAUGUUUGGGUAAGGAUUUUGAACACGUUUAAGGGCUUAUUGCAUCUUAGAAAGUGUCCAGUUUUCAUUGACUAAUUCAUUCUACAAAUUACAUAAAGUGAAAAGUUAUCUAACAUCUCAACCUAACGUUGCAAAUUUUUUCUAAGCCUGUAUUGUAGUUCCUAAUGUAUAAUACACCAAUCAAAUUCAUUUUAAUAACUUGUUUAAAGGAUAGAGACCUUUAAAUAAAGCUGAUGUUAAAAGCCUUUAAACUAAGUUCGUCCUCUACAGAAUAAAUGCAAAUGUUCAUUAUAUAUUUUUACAGCAUAUUGGCAGACAGGGGAAAGAAAUCUUAAGGAAAAGGACAAGAUUUUUUUUCAGUAGGAUUGCAUUAUCACAUACCAAAAUUUUAUUUUGUAAUGAACUAUUUUUCUAAGUAUAUAAUUAUGGCUUGUGCAGCAAUCCAAUUUUAGUUUUGUUAUAUGCCCCGAAUACCAUAUUAUAAACUUGUACAUUUAAUAUCGUGUGCAAUCAACAUCUUCACUGUGUAGCAUGGAAAUAUCCUUUAUGUCUUUAAGCUGACUGUAACUCCUCCAAGGAAACCUGAGCACAGUUUCAAGAGUUAAAGUACUAACAUUCUGAUCUCUCCAUCUCAACUCCCUUCCCACAUUAGAAAAAGAGAAAAGCAAACUGCACACAAUAGAUUAGUUAUUCUGUCAAUAUGCUGUAAAUACAAUUUGUCCUCAGCUCUGUGUGUGAUUUACUAAAGGGUAUAUUCAGAGAAUGCACAUAACAUUGAUACGCCACUCUGAUUUGUUAGACUUUCUUCCUACAGAUUUCAAUACUGGGGCUAUGGAAUAAUAAGUAUUGGCCACUCAGCAACAUUUUAGUGGUAACAGUAUACUGUUCAUGUUUUUUUUAUUUAUUUUGAUUGUGCUUUUUGAACAUUAAAAUCAAGUCUUGUGGAAAUUUAA